GUAAAGUUUUGUAGAUUAAGCAAAUUCGAGCAUUCAAACAUAUGCAAAGUAGUCGGGCCCGGCGUAAGUAUAUAAAUCAGCAAUAUUUUGAGAUUCAUCACAGUCAUCACUGCAUCCUCUUCUCUUCUACAACUACAAACACCCACCUCAAAACUCCAAAAAUGAAAUCCUUCAUUGUCUUCGCUCUUUUCGUCGCCGCGGCCGUCGCCGUUCCAGUUGAAAACCCCAGGGACGCAGUCAUCGUCAGACAAGAGGUUGACAACAUCGGAGUUGGAGGCUUCAGUUUUAGUUAUGAGACCAGCGAUGGCAAGUCUGCCCAGGAACAGGGUCAGCUCAAAAACGUCGGCGCUGAGAACGAGGCUAUUGAGGUCCGCGGCCAGUACUCUUACACCGGCCCUGACGGUGUUGUCUACACCGUCAACUACGUCGCUAACGAGCUCGGCUUCCAGCCCGACGGUGCUCACCUCCCCAAGGCUCCUCAAUAAGUCUCUUCCCAACCAACAACUCAAAAUCUAGUCUAAACUUACCGAGCUUGCAAGAGAUUACUGUUACCUAUACAGUCUGACUGAUUGUCUUGUUUUGUUAAAUAACUCUUGCGCAAUAAUAGAGGAUAGGAUAGUGAAUAUACUUGUUUGAUUUUGA